UCGGUCCGCACGGGGCGACGCAGGCGGCGACGCAACCCUAGCCGCCAAGCCUCCUCCCCCCGUCCCCCUGCCUCGCCGCCGCCAGAGGGGUCGCCGGCGAAGUCCGCAGGCUGCUAGGGAAGGUGGCGGCGAGGCCGUGCCGCUCCGUCUCCACGCGAAGGGCCUUUGUAGCCGAGGCAGUGGCCUCGGAUGGUGCGGCGGCGCCUGCUUUGCGGCGAGCGGCGUCUGCUGGUGCUCCUCCUUCCCACUUGGCCGUGCGGGCGGUGAGUGGUUGAGGCGUUGGGCGAUGGUCGAGGCGGGUGGCCUCGUGCCCCUGGCUGCGCGUCAAAUCUGGAGAUCUUCUUCCUCCCCCUUCCCUUGCCUGUUCCUCGCUGGAUUUGGGUCGUGGCGGGCGUCGGUCGCCGGAUCCGUUGAAAGUGGGGUUGCCGGAGUUGAGAGCUCGGACCGGGAGAAAUCUUUGACCGGCUUUUCCGGCCACGACGGCUGUGACGCCGGCUGGCAUCGUUCCCCUUCUCGGAGGCGCCGUCGAGCUUCUUCUCUUCGUGUGGUGACCAUUGAGCUGCGGUUUGGCCCUUCUCCUGGUGAUCUUGCACAGUGGGUUGGUCACACUGAGUAUCUCCCAAGGCGAUACUGAAUCUACCGCUCCUUGCUCUAGGGUGAGCUGCUUCAAUUUGCGACGGUCCGGCGCCCUUCGAUCCAGGGCGAGGGGCAGGGGUCCCCUUCGGAAUUGAAGAAGGAAGGUUCGAUGAUGGUGGUCUCCUUUGGGUUUGAUGAGGGCAUGUUCAUCUUCGCUGAGCGCGAUUUCCUCUUGAAGCUCGCUUGCUGUCACUGUUUUGGUGCUUAAUUCGCGUCGAAGAGCUCCAUCAACAUUUAGCUAGACUUCCGGUAGAAUAUCCUUGUGCUCUCUGUUGUGGUGUGUGUAAGCUGUUUGGAAGCACCUUGUAUCUGCCGUUUUCAGUUUUCUUUGUUUUCUUUCUUGUUGUUUGGGUCGUUGUAAGUCCUGGCCGGUUGAUGGCUUUGUUAAUUCAAAGUCGGA